AUGGAAUCUUCUGAAAAGAUUCAGACGUCUGAGCCAGGCCGUGACUCCGUCCUGGACAUAGCAGACGACACGAGGGUCUGGAUCGUGCCUGAGAACGAGUUCGACCCACAAUUCCUGGACCAGCUGUCGUUGGUCUCGUUCCCAACUCAGUCCGAGUGGAUCGUGUCGCCGCCGCAUCCAGGACAGGACGGGCUGGCAUUCUGGAUUCCUGUCAAAGACGACUCCAAAAAGAGCGGGAAACGUAAGUUGAAGUCGCCCUAUUCAGUAAUACGCCCGACUGUUCCUCCGAAGAGAGAGGAAGGCUAUCUACCGAAGGCUCUGGCGGGGGUUGUGGAUACUCUGUGGGCCUCUCGUGGUUUUGCAGGACACCUGUCAGCGUUACUGAACGAUACAACACGACCGUUCGCUCCUCUUCCAUUCGAACAUGUGACUCAGCUUCGAGCUAAGCAGCAAGUAACAGCAUCACCUGGUGGAGACGGCUGCACAGAAAUGUCAGGCGUAGCAGAAACCCGUAUAGUGGACCCAAAUUUGUCCAAGGCAGUUGCAGAUAUUGUAGUUGAGACAAACUCGGGUGCCUCAGAGAAAAUGCGUGACGCAAUAGAUCCGGUCGUUUGUACUCCGUCAUAGUUUUAUUGUUCUAGAAUGAAUAAAUGAACAACUGCAACUGAUUUUAUAUGGAUAAAACACAAAAUCUUGGAAGUGUAACUAUCUGCUAACAGUUUUAUUCCGAUUUAUUUGAUGAACUAUAUUACAACGACAGUAGACGUAGCCUCGCCUGUGUAAGAAAAGAUCACUGUUUUACCACAAACAUAACGAAUGUUACAUGAGGAUAGACUUUAUCAUGUACUUUUUGAAA